CAUCAUGGCGGAGAGAAGCGCGUCGCCCUCGAAACGGCACAAGCUCCGGGCUGCGCCGCUAUCUGGCUGACAUCAGGAAGAAAUCCUAAGCAGGAGAAGGACGCCGCUCCGUUCAUCCAGUAAAAUUCAGAUUGUUCGCAAGCUGUACGCCGUCUUAUGCUUCUUCUGCGGAACAGUGUGGAUUUUAUUAAAGAGGGGAUUUUUCUCCAUAUAAUUAUUACAGAAAAUUCUUUUUUAUUUUUUACUUGAUGCUUUUGCUUAGUCGGGGGUGAUAUAAAGCAGGUGAGAUCGCGGCCGCUCCUUCCGAUUUGGGUGGAAAUGUCGAGCGAGAAGCCGGUUUCAGUACCGGGUUCGGUCUCGCUCUCGGACCGCGAACCACCUCCGGGACAUGGGCAGCAAGUGGCUACGGGCUCUGUGACCGGGGACAUGAUGGUGUCCGGUUCGGGUUCGAUGGUUCUGCCGGCCGGGGUGAUCAACCCGUCGGUUCCGAUCCGGAAUAUCAAGAUGAAAUUCGCCGUUCUCAUCGGUCUGAUCCAGGUCGGGGAGGUUAGCAACAGAGACAUCGUCGAGACAGUCCUGAAUCUGCUCGUGGGCGGUGAGUUUGACCUGGAGACCAACUUCAUCAUCCAGGAUGCGGAGAGCAUCGGCUGCAUGGUGGAGCUGCUGGAGCACUGCGACUUGCCCUGCCAGGCCGAAAUGUGGAGCAUGUUCACAGCCAUCUUGCGCAAGAGCGUGCGUAACCUGCAGACCAGCACCGAGGUGGGCCUCAUCCAGCAGGUGCUCACCAGGAUGGGUGCCGUUGAUGAUAUGAUCGCAGAUCUGCUGGUGGACAUGCUGGGUGUGCUGGCCAGCUACAGCAUCACAGUGAAGGAGUUGAAACUCCUCUUCAGCAUGCUGCGUGGGGAGAACGGAGUAUGGCCAAGACACGCCAUCAAGCUGCUAUCAGUGCUGAAUCAGAUGCCCCAGAGGCACGGGCCCGACACCUUCUUUAACUUCCCAGGACGCAGUGCGGCAGCCAUUGCAUUACCUCCCAUUGCAAAGUGGCCUUACCAGAAUGGUUUCACUCUCAACACUUGGUUCCGAAUGGACCCUCUCAACAAUAUCAAUGUGGACAAGGAUAAACCGUACUUGUACUGCUUUCGGACCAGCAAGGGCAUCGGUUACUCUGCGCAUUUCGUCGGGAACUGUUUGAUUGUGACGUCGCUGAAGUCGAAGGGCAAGGGCUUCCAGCACUGCGUGAAGUACGACUUCCAGCCUCGCAAGUGGUACAUGAUCAGCAUCGUUCACAUCUACAACCGCUGGAGGAACAGUGAGAUCCGCUGCUAUGUCAACGGUCAGCUUGUCUCCUACGGUGACAUGGCCUGGCACGUCAACACCAAUGAUAGCUACGACAAAUGCUUCCUAGGAUCGUCAGAGACAGCAGACGCGAACCGGGUGUUCUGCGGACAGCUGGGGGCCAUUUAUGUGUUUAGCGAGGCACUCAAUCCCGCCCAGAUUUUCGCCAUCCAUCAGCUGGGACCUGGGUAUAAGAGCACCUUCAAAUUCAAGUCGGAGAGCGACAUCCACUUGGCCGAGCACCACAAGCAGGUUCUGUAUGACGGCAAGCUGGCCAGCAGCAUCUCCUUCACCUACAAUGCCAAGGCCACCGAUGCCCAGCUCUGCCUGGAGUCCUCGCCCAAGGAGAAUCCUUCCAUCUUCGUGCACUCGCCCCAUGCCCUCAUGCUACAGGAUGUGAAGGCCAUAGUGACCCAUUCCAUCCACAGUGCCAUUCAUUCCAUUGGCGGCAUCCAGGUGCUCUUCCCACUCUUUGCCCAGCUGGAUUACCGCCAGCAGAACGACAGCCAAGUGGAGACCACUGUGUGUGCCACACUCCUAGCCUUCCUAAUGGAGCUGCUGAAAAGCUCCGUGGCGAUGCAGGAGCAGAUGCUGGGAGGAAAGGGCUUCCUGGUGAUCGGCUAUCUACUGGAGAAGUCGUCAAGGGUCCACAUCACCAGGGCGGUUCUAGAGCAGUUCCUGUCCUUCGCCAAAUACCUGGAUGGCCUGACCCAUGGGGCGCCCCUGCUAAAGCAACUAUGCGACCACAUCUUAUUCAACGCUGCCAUCUGGAUCCAUACGCCGGCCAAGGUCCAGCUAUCUCUGUAUACCUACCUCUCUGCGGAGUUCAUUGGUACAGCCACCAUCUACUCCACCAUCCGCCGGGUGGGCACUGUUCUGCAGCUCAUGCACACACUGAAGUACUACUACUGGGCUGUCAACCCGCUGGAUAGCAGUGGCAUCACGCCCAAGGGCCUGGGUGGACCACGACCUUCACAGAAAGAGAUCAUAUCACUGCGAGCCUUUAUGCUGCUCUUCCUCAAACAGCUCAUCCUGAAGGAUCGAGGCGUGAAGGAGGACGAACUGCAGAGCAUCCUCAACUACCUGUUAACCAUGCACGAGGACGAGAACAUCCAUGACGUGCUGCAGCUCUUAGUCGCGCUCAUGUCUGAACAUCCCACGUCCAUGAUCCCUGCCUUCGACCAGAGGAAUGGGAUACGGGUUGUGUACAAGCUUCUGGCCUCUAAGAGUGAGAGUAUUCGGGUCCAGGCACUUAAAGUCCUCGGCUACUUCCUCAAACACCUGGGUCACAAGAGGAAGGUGGAGAUCAUGCACACCCACAGCCUCUUCACCCUUCUGGGUGAGCGCCUGAUGAUGCACACCAACACGGUCUCCGUCACCACCUACAACACGCUCUAUGAGAUUCUUACAGAGCAGGUGUGUACCCAGGUAGUCCACAAGCCGCAUCCGGAACCCGACUCCACUGUGAAGAUCCAGAACCCAAUGAUCCUAAAGGUUGUGGCCACCCUGCUGAAGAACUCCACCCCUAGCACCGACCUGAUGGAGGUCCGUCGCCUCUUCCUGUCUGACAUGAUCAAGCUGUUCAGCAACAGCCGUGAGAACAGGCGGUGCCUGCUCCAGUGCUCAGUCUGGCAGGACUGGAUGUUCUCCCUGGGCUACAUCAACCCCAAGAACUCUGAGGAGCAGAAGAUCACAGAGAUGGUCUACAACAUCUUCCGCAUCCUGCUGUACCAUGCCAUCAAGUACGAGUGGGGUGGCUGGCGUGUCUGGGUGGACACGCUGUCCAUUGCGCACUCCAAGGUGACUUAUGAAGCUCACAAGGAGUACCUGGCCAAGAUGUACGAGGAGUACCAGCGGCAGGAGGAGGAGAAUAUCAAGAAGGGAAAGAAGGGCUCCGUCAGCACCAUCUCUGGCCUGUCUGCCCAAGCCCCCGCUGUCAAUGGCGGCAUCGAGAUACGCGAGAACGACGACGGCUCUCAGACUCAGACUCCCGAGAGCGAGGUGGACUACCCCGAGAGCAACGACUCGCGGAAUUUGUUGGCGGAGGGCAAGGGGUCAAGCGGGGCAGCUGGCGGGGCAGAGCGGACUGCCGUCGUUUCCACCGCUGCCGGGGUGCGUGUCGAGGUGCACGAUCUGCUGGUGGACAUCAAGGCGGAGAAGGUAGAGGCCACCGAAGUUAAGCUGGAUGACCUGGACAUGUCCCCAGAGACAGUGGCAGGAAGUGGGGUGGCUGAAAAUGGGGCGCUGACGGGUGUAGACUCUCUCUUGGACAGUGUGUAUUGUGCCGCUGUGGGCCAGCUGACGCCUGAGCAGAGUGUGGUAGAUGGCGACGACUCGGCCCCGCUAAUCACGUUAGCCGAUGAGAAGGAUAGUGUCCCUAGCGGUAAUGGCUUCCUAUUCGGCCGGGUACCCAGCGGUUCCGACGGGAAGCUGCUUCCUGAGCUGGCGUCAGCCGAGCCGCUGGUCCACACCGGCAGCGCCAGUGACGACUUGAGCCUGCUGGCCCAUAUGACCACGGCUGGUUCUGACAUAGUAUCAGCAGCCGUCACGACUCCCAGCCUCCCAGAGGACGGGGAUUUCAAGCUGCCGGCAGCUUUGGCAGACAUCAGUGCCAUCGUGGAGGCCGAAGGCACUUCCAGGGGAUCCGAACAUGCAGAGUUGGGCACAGAAAUAGACCCCUCCUCUUCUAGGAAGGAGGGUGGGAUCGACGCAGCCAGCACCACCUCUGACACCGAACGGUCAGACGAUGGCAAGGACAAGGAGAUGAAGAAGAUCCAAACCACGGCAACCACACAGAAAUGGAGCAUAAGCGCAGACAGCCAUAAAAACACAGAGGGUUUAUUGAACAAAUAUGAGAAUGCAAUAGGGCAGGCAGGCAGACAAAAGACCACACAGUCAAAACAACAGGGCGACUCACCGGGAGAGCAGGCCCUCCACGGCCGCAUGGCCAGUCAGAUGGAGCGGGACCUGCGGGUGGACCUGGGCUUCCGGGGCAUGCCGAUGACCGAGGAGCAGCGACGCCAGUUCAGCCCGGGCCCACGGACUACCAUGUUCCGCAUCCCAGAAUUCAAGUGGUCACCUAUGCACCAGCGGCUACUGACUGACCUGCUCUUCGCCCUGGAGACAGACGUGCAUGUGUGGCGGAGCCAUUCCACCAAAUCUGUCAUGGAUUUUGUGAACAGCAAUGAGAACAUCAUCUUCGUGCACAACACCAUCCACCUCAUCUCUCAGAUGGUGGACAACAUUAUCAUUGCUUGUGGAGGCAUUCUUCCGCUGCUCUCUGCUGCCACCUCCCCUUCUAGUUCAAAGGAGAGGGAUGGAAGAUCCUCUUCUGAAAAAGUGGCAAAAUGUGGAGAGGCCGCCCCCAUGCCUGGGGAUGGGGCCACGGGGGGCGAGACGGAGCUGGAGAACAUGGAGACCACACAGGGCAUGUCCCCCGAAACUGCGGUGACCUUCCUCAGCCGCCUCAUGGCCAUGGUGGACGUGCUGGUGUUCGCCAGCUCCCUGAACUUCAGCGAGAUCGAGGCGGAAAAGAACAUGUCCUCCGGGGGACUUAUGCGGCAAUGCCUGCGACUGGUGUGUUGCGUGGCUGUGCGUAAUUGCCUGGAGUGCAGGCAGCGGCAGCGGGACCGCACCACCAAGCCCCCUCUGUCCAACAACAAGGCCCAGGACAAUCCCAGCCUCCCCCCCGCCAGCAAGACUGCCAUAGAGAAUGUCCCCAGUAACCUUUCUCCCAUCAAGGACCCUGACAGACUUCUGCAGGAUGUGGACAUCAAUCGCCUCCGGGCUGUCGUCUUCCGCGACGUGGAUGAUAGCAAGCAGGCCCAGUUCCUGGCCUUGGCUGUGGUCUACUUUAUCUCCGUCCUGAUGGUGUCCAAAUAUCGGGACAUUCUGGAGCCCCAGAGAGAGAUUACCAGGUCAAGCAGCCUGUCCGGACGAAGCAUUCGGCAGGAGAUCAACUCGCCCACCAGCACGGAGAACCCAUCAGCCCUAGCAGAGGUCAGCCAGGAGAAGGAGAUAGGGCCUCCUCUGGAGGAGGUGCCCUUGGAGCCCUCGCUGCCGCACACUGACUCUGGCAUCGGCGAGGAGCAGGUGUCCGCCAUGCUGAACGGCUCAGACAUGGAGCAGGCUGCUGCUGUCCCGUCGGCCAUGGCCACCUCUGUCACCUUGGUGGGGUCUGUGGUCGGGGGCCCCGAGGCCAUGAGUGAGCUGCUGGGCACGCUGUCUUCAGAAGUACACAAGUCUCGUGAGAGUCUGGCUGAGUCGCCCGCCGUGGGUGUGGCAGUCAUGGAGGCCCUCAAGCCUGCCCCGUCCAUCUCCAGCAUCUCCCAGGCCAACAAAGGAAUCAACGUGAAGGAGAUCCUGAAAAGCCUGGUGGCGGCCCCUAUGGAGGGCCCUGAGGCGGGCCCCGAACCUCUGCCCUACCCGGAUCCUGCCAUUAAGAGGGAGGCGCAGGCCGCCCUUCCCAUGCAGUUCCACUCCUUCGACCGGAGCGUGGUGGUGCCGGUGAAGAAGCCGCCCCCUGGCAGCCUGGCUGUCAACACGGUGGGCACACCCACCGCUGGUGGGGGCAUGGCUUCCGGAAGCACCCCCAACAUCUUUGCUGCGGCCACAGCCACGCCCAAGAGCAUGAUCAACACCACAGGUGCCACAGACUCUGCCUCCACUUCUUCUUCGUCCUCCAGCUUCGUGGUAAAUGGCGCCACCAGCAAGAACUUACCAGCUGUGCAGACUGUAGCACCCAUGCCUGAGGACACUGUGGAGAACAUGAGCAUCACCACCAAGCUGGAGCGAGCCCUGGAGAAGGUGGCCCCUUUGCUAAGGGAGAUCUUUGUGGACUUUGCCCCCUUCCUGUCACGCACCCUGCUGGGGAGCCAUGGCCAGGAGCUGCUCAUAGAAGGCCUGGUAUGCAUGAAGUCCAGCACUUCGGUGGUUGAACUGGUCAUGCUGCUGUGCUCGCAGGAGUGGCAGAAUUCCAUCCAGAAGAAUGCAGGCCUGGCCUUCAUUGAGCUCAUCAACGAGGGGCGCCUGCUGUGCCACGCCAUGAAGGACCACAUUGUGCGCGUGGCCAAUGAGGCCGAGUUCAUCCUCAAUCGGCAACGAGCCGAGGACGUCCACAAGCACGCCGAGUUUGAGUCCAACUGCGCCCAGUAUGCAGCGGACAGGAAGGAGGAGGAGAAGAUGUGCGAUCACCUGAUCAGCGCCGCCAAGCACCGGGACCAUGUGACGGCCAAUCAGCUGAAGCAGAAGAUCCUCAAUAUCCUGACAAACAAGCACGGGGCAUGGGGGACCCUUUCUCAGUGCCAACUACAUGACUUCUGGCGCUUGGACUACUGGGAGGACGACCUGCGGAGACGGCGCCGGUUCGUCCGCAACGCCUUCGGCUCCACCCACGCCGACGCCACGCUGAAGGCCCUGGAGGAUUAUGGUUCUGAGGAUGACGAUGUAGUCCGGUCCAAGAAGGGCUUCCGCAGCCAGACGGUGGUCAACCAGAAUCCGGAUACAGAGCUUAUGCUGGAAGGGGAUGACGAUGCUGUUAGUCUGCUGCAGGAAAAGGAGAUGGACAAUCUAGCAGGGCCCGUGGUCCUCAGCACCCCUGCUCAGCUCGUGGCCCCAGUCGUAGUAGCUCGCGGCACGCUUUCCAUCACUACAACCGAGAUCUAUUUCGAGGUGGACGAAGAUGAUCCCGCAUUCAAGAAGAUCGACGCAAAAGUCUUGGCGUACUCCGAGGGCCUGCAUGGCAAGUGGAUGUUCAGCGAGAUCCGGGCAGUCUUCUCCCGCCGCUACCUGCUGCAGAACACGGCCCUGGAGGUCUUUAUGGCCAACAGAACUUCGGUCAUGUUCAACUUCCCUGACCAGGCCACAGUAAAGAAGGUGGUCUACAGCCUACCGAGGGUGGGUGUAGGGACCAGCUACGGCCUUCCCCAAGCCAGACGGAUUUCUUUAGCCACCCCGCGGCAGCUCUUUAAGUCCUCCAACAUGACCCAGCGUUGGCAGAGGCGAGAGAUUUCCAACUUUGAGUAUCUCAUGUUCCUCAACACCAUUGCAGGACGGACCUACAAUGACCUGAACCAGUACCCUGUCUUUCCCUGGGUCCUCACCAACUACGAGUCUGAGGAGCUGGAUCUCACCCUGCCCGGGAACUUCAGAGAUCUCUCAAAGCCGGUUGGGGCCUUGAACCCCAAGCGCGCCGUCUUCUACGCAGAGCGAUACGAGACCUGGGAGGACGAGCAGAGCCCUCCCUACCAGUACAUCUCCUUGUAUUCUACAGCCUCCACCACACUGCACUGGCUCGUCAGGAUAGAACCAUUUACCACAUUUUUCCUCAAUGCCAACGAAAACAAGUUUGACCAUCCUGACCGCACCUUCUCCUCCAUCUCCCGCUCCUGGAGAACCUGCCAGCGGGACACGUCUGAUGUCAAGGAGCUCAUCCCUGAGUUCUACUACCUCCCGGAAAUGUUCGUCAACAGCAAUGCGUACAACCUGGGGCAGAGGGAGGAGCGGGCAGUGGCGGGCGACGUGGGGCUGCCCCCCUGGGCCAAGAAGCCGGAGGACUUUGUCCGUAUCAACCGGAUGGCCCUGGAGAGCGAGUUUGUGUCCUGUCAGCUCCAUCAGUGGAUUGACCUGAUUUUCGGCUACAAGCAGCGAGGCCCUGAAGCGGUGCGCGCCCUUAACGUCUUUCACUACAUGACCUAUGAGGGCUCCAUCAACCUGGACAGCAUCACUGACUCCCUGAUGAGAGAGGCUAUGGAGAUCCAGAUCCAGACCUUGGGACAGACCCCCUCUCAAUUGUUAAUUGAGCCCCACCCACCCAGGAGUUCUGCCAUGCACUUGUGUUUCCUUCCACAGAGUGCCCUCAUGUUCAAGGACCAGAUGCAGCAGGACGUCAUCAUGGUGCUCAAGUUCCCGUCCAACUCGCCGGUCACCCACGUGGCGGCCAACACGCUGCCCCACCUCAGCGUCCCCGCUGCCGUCACCGUCACCUGCAGCCGCCUCUUCGCCGUCAACCGCUGGCACAACACCGUGGGUCUCAGGGGAGCUCCAGGAUACUCUCUGGAACAGGCUCAUCAUUUGCCGAUUGAAAUGGACCCUCUGAUUGCUAAUAAUUCUGGGAUCAACAAAAGGCAGAUCACAGACCUGGUGGACCAGAGCAUCCAGAUCAAUACACACUGUUUUGUGGUGACAGCCGACAACCGCUACAUCCUGGUGUGCGGAUUCUGGGACAAGAGCUUCCGCGUCUACUCCACGGAGACGGGGAAGCUGACCCAGAUCGUGUUCGGCCACUGGGAUGUGGUGACGUGCCUGGCCCGCUCCGAGUCCUACAUCGGGGGCGACUGUUACAUCGUGUCAGGGUCCCGGGAUGCCACGCUGCUGUUGUGGUACUGGAGCGGAAGACACCACAUCAUCGGGGACAACCCCAACAACAGUGACUACCCUGCUCCGAGAGCGGUCCUGACUGGCCAUGACCAUGAGGUGGUCUGUGUGUCUGUCUGUGCCGAGCUGGGUCUGGUCAUCAGCGGGGCCAAAGAGGGACCCUGCCUAGUGCACACUAUCACAGGGGACCUGUUGAGGGCCCUUGAGGGCCCUGAGCACUGUGUGAGGCCCCGUCUCAUCGCCGUGUCCAGUGAGGGCCACUGCAUCAUCUACUAUGAGCGAGGCCGCUUCUGCAACUUCAGCAUCAAUGGCAAGCUGCUGGCUCAGAUGGAGAUUAACGACUGCACUCGGGCCGUCCUUCUGAGUAGCGAUGGACAAAAUCUAGUGACAGGAGGAGACAAUGGGGUGGUUGAAGUGUGGCAAGCCUGCGACUUUAAGCAACUCUACAUCUACCCUGGAUGUGACGCCGGAAUCCGUGCCAUGGACCUAUCUCACGAUCAAAGGACGCUGAUCACAGGAAUGGCCUCUGGGAGCAUCGUGGCAUUUAACAUCGAUUUUAACCGAUGGCAUUACGAGCACCAGAACCGAUACUGAUGGAGGGGCAGAGGAUGCUGGACUGUAAGCUCACCCCCUUAAUAAACCCCCCACUCCCCUCACACCUCUGGGGGCCAUGGCCGGGUGGGUAGUGGACCCCCACCCCCCGGGCAACCUGGAAAGAAACUGACAUGAGAGAGAAGAAUAUUCGAGAAACACAAAACUCACACAUUUAAAAAAGACAUUUAACGAAGUGUGACAUUUACCAAGACUUCGGUGACCCUCCCAGCUAACGUCCUCUAGGGCCCGGUAAUAGGUAUCUGGUCUAAACGGCUCCACCUUUUCUUUUCUGCGUGUUUAUUUCUGCUCUCCCCAGCUUCACACCAGCUGCGUUUCUGUUAGUGCUGCAUGUUCACAGGGAACGUGGUCAGACCACCGUGGUCCUUGAGGUUUCAAACCUGAGGAGGAUGGUCAUUUCGUGACAGAAGUACAUAUGAGAUUGACGAAAGUGAAUGUUACAGGUGUGCAAGAAUUUCACCAAAGACACCUGUCCUGUUGUCUUAUCUAGUCGUAGUUCAUAUUUCAAAUAUUUCCCCCGUGAUUGGUGUCCUAUCCUGUACCCUUGUACCCUUGGACACCUGAAUCACGUCUGAACACGAAGAGAUGUCUGUCAAACUCCCCUUUUAGUAGAAAAGUUGUGUUUUGACAGACAUCCUUCGGAUUGGCAUACUGAGAUUCUGAGGGCAGAUUACUCAGGGGACCGAUUUCACACAUCACUGUGGGCGCAAUGGUCAAAUAUACAGUGAAAGAAGCCAAUCUACUUUGGUUCCUUAUGUUUUUGAGGUGAAAUAGUCUGGCAGAGUGUCACCUCUGUGACAUAAAAAACAAACAUAUGUCUGGAGGAAAAACAUUUGUUCCUCUACUUCAACAUAGCAUUAUUUGUGGGAUUUUUUUCUUGUUAAUUUCUUCUUGUCUUGUCCAACUUUAUUUAUUACUCAUUUACUAUAAGUAAAAUAUUUUACUGUUGUGAUGAAGGUGAAAAAGAUGGUGACUGACGAUAAUGGAAGACUGUGUCUUACUUUGACGAACGCUCAGUGGAGGUCAACUGAAAUAAUGUCUUUUUGCUGUAUCUGGUGGCCGUGCUGCCAUGGAGUACUGUACUUGGGGUACACCUAUAGCCAGCUGCCAUGGAGUACUGUACUUGGGGUACACCUAUAGCCAGCUGCCAUGGAGUACUGUACUUGGGGUACACCUAUAGCCAGCUGCCAUGGAGUACUGUACUUGGGGUACACCUAUAGCCAGCUGCCAUGGAGU